AUGGCUGAUUUUGGCGAAGGCCUUCCCGUUGACGCGGUUUUAUAUUCAGGCGAAGAUCCUAUUUCAGCUCAUAACAGAUAUCCAGAACUAUGGGCCAAAAUCAACAGAGAGAUUGUGGAAGAAUGGAAAAGCAAGUCUUUAGAAAAUUUGAAUGAAAACCGAGACGACGGUUUGGUUUUCUUCAUGAGAGCAGGUUUUAAAGAUAGCCCGAAAUGGGGGAUGCUGUUUUGGGAAGGAGAUCAAAUGGUGAGUUGGCAAGCAAACGACGGAAUCAAGAGUUCUGUUGUUGGUCUACUUAGCAGUGGAAUAUCCGGCUAUGCCUUUAAUCACAGCGACAUCGGAGGAUAUUGUACAGUUAACUUACCGAUAGUUAAAUACAGAAGAAGUCAAGAAUUGCUUUUGCGCUGGAUGGAGCUUAAUUCUUUCACCACUGUCUUCCGCACUCAUGAACAGGGAAACAAACCAUCAUGCAACAGCCAGUUUUACUCAAACCAACAAACUCUAUCACACUUUGCGCGCACUGCAAAAAUAUACACAGCAUGGAAAUUUUACCGAAUUCAACUAGUGAAGGAAGCAGCGCGGAAAGGAUUGCCUGUAUGUCGCCACCUAUUUCUCCAUUAUCCUAACGAUGAACAUGUCCAUAACUUGAGUUAUCAACAAUUCUUGGUUGGUUCUGAGUUUCUAGUGGUGCCUGUUCUUGACAAAGGAAGGAAGAAAGUUAAAGCUUAUUUUCCAUUGGGAGAGACUAGUAGUUGGACACAUAUAUGGACAGGAGAAGUGUUUUCAAAACAAGGAAGUGAAUCAUGGAUAGAAGCUCCAAUGGGUUAUCCUUGCGUGUUUGUUAAGGUUGGUUCCAUUAUUGGAGAAACCUUUUUGAAUAACCUGAAAAUUUUAGGCAUUCAUUGA